AUGGCGGGGUGGGGCGGGAGCGUGGCGGGCGUUAGGGCGGGCGAGAGCGGGCGAGAGUGGGGCGAGAGGCGGGCGUUAUGCGGGCGAGAGUGGGCGAGAGUUAAUGCUUGGCUUCUUAACUCCAAGGACUCUGUUGCCGGUAAUUGCAAGACCGGCACAAGUUUUUGGGGUGGGAUAGCUGCAACCGUCAACUCUACCUCGGAUCCUGCCCGUCAUCGGACCUCGAAGCAGCUGAAGGAUCAUUGGAACGCCUACAACAAGGAGGUGUCCCUGUUCAAUGGAUACUACAUCCUAGAAGAGCGGUUACGUCAGAGUGGAGCAGACGAUGAUAUGGUCAUGAAGUCGGCAAUGGAGAGGUACGCGAAUGACAAAAGAGUGACUCAGCCAUUCAGAAAGCACCACUGGUGGCAAGCUGUUCGCAAUGAAGCGAAGUGGAAAGGACAACAUGGUCCUGGUAGUGGAUCCAAUUCCACUUCGAAGAGAAGCCGUCUGGGAGUUUCUGGUGAGUACAGCUCUGGCGACGCAACUACGGAGGAGGAGCGUCCACCGGGCCGCGAUAGAGCCAAGGCCGCGGUACGUAGUGCAAGGAGGAAGGGGAAGGCAACCUCAUCAAGCAGUGAGGUAGGAAGCAAAUCCUUCGCCAUGAGGAACAUGAUGAAGGGUUUAGUGAAGGCUAAGCUAUUCAAACAAUGGAACAAAAUGAAAGAUCGAUCAACCGACGACAUGAACGAAGCAGAAAAGCGCUUACAUGCGAAGGCCAUCAAGAUGUGCGAAAAAGAGCUUGGAAGGGAAUUUUGCCAAUAUGCUAAAGGUAGCUUCCGCCCAUCCCUGGUUUUGGAUUCUCUAUCUUCUUUAUCUUGA